AUGGAGAUCGACACCUCACCCGCGCAGGUGAAGGUCAUCUUCACCACCACUGAACCAGAUUUGCAACUUCCAGAGUCUGGGCAGCAAUUGCUUGUUCCCGGAGAUAUCAAGCGCUAUGGCCUCUCACGCAUUCUCAACUCCGAGUCGAUGCUCAACACUAGCUCUCCCAUCCCUCUAGAUUUUCUCGCAAACGGAACCUUCCUCCGCACCAGCAUUGAAGAAUAUCUCUCCACCAAUGGACUGUCCUCAGAAUCGACCCUUACUCUGCAGUACGUGCGCAGUUUGAUCCCUCCCGUCUACGAGGCGAGCUUCGAACAUGACGACUGGGUUGGCGACGUCGAUGUGCUUUCUUCUACAUCACCUGCUGGUCUGGGUGCCUCCGUCAACGACAGGAUUGCAAGCGCUUCAUACGAUGGCUUGGUGAGGGUAUGGAACCCCUCCGGCGAGACAGUCGCCACGUCUGCAGCUGGUCGUGGCGGCGGACACACUCUUCGUCUCGACGCCGUCAAGUGGCUUUCGCCAAAGCAGAUCGCCUCCGCCGGCCUAGACCGCAAGGUUGUCAUCUGGGACUACACCGAGUCGAGCGAUGGAUUCUCGGGAUCUCUGAAGCCAAACAUGGAACUCUGGGGACACGAGAAGGCCAUCAACUCACUCGCGGUAAACGGCCCUGCUGGCCGAAUCCUCACCGCUUCAUCAGAUGGACGCAUUGGCUUGUGGUCAUCCUCCAAGAAGACGGCUCCUCAGGCCGACCCUGAAACCUUGCCGUCGGCUCAUAGCAGCAAGAAGACGAAGCUCUCCAGCGCCGCAAACACCGCACAGCGUGGCCCGCUGGCCAUGAUCGCGGCGCACGACGAGCCAGUCACGGCGGCCGUCUUCCAUCCCAACGACAACACGGUGGCUUACAGUGCCUCCAAGGACCACACGGUUAAGACGAUUGACUUGACCACUUCGCGCGAAGUGUCUCGGCUGACCACAUUGCACCCCAUCCUCUCUGCUAUUGCCCUACCCGGUUCCUUGAUCGCCGCUGGUUCAUCAGCCAGGCACAUCACGCUGCUGGACCCCAGGGAGUCUGCCAAGUCGACAGUUGUGAUGACCCUCAGGGGCCACGUCAACAUGGUCUCGUCCCUGGCACCAUCUCCCGAUAAUGAGUACUCGCUAGUAUCAGGUUCAUACGACAGCACCUGUCGCGUAUGGGAUCUCAGAAGCGUGCACCACGGUCUGGAGGAAGGUGGCGGUAGUGUAAGCGAGCCAGUUUACACCAUCGGCCGAGAGUGGCUUAAAGAGAAGAAACUCCCUGCUGCUGGCGAUGGUGCCAAGGUACUGGGUGUUGCUUGGGACGCCACAUGGGGCAUUGUCAGUGGUGGCGAGGAUAAAAAGGUACAGAUCAACAGAGGGAGAGGUUUAUUUGCUUCUUAG